UGUUAACGGUGGUACCUGGUAUUUUCCGCGUUCUGUCGUCUGCACGCUUCCUUUCGCUACGCAGAAGAUUUUUUACCAAGACCAGAAAAAAUUGGCAGACCUACCAUUGUCUUCAGGCUUAAACAAAAAACAAAGGCAACGCAAUUCGCCACUGAUUCUUGGAAAGUGAUUUUUUGUUCGCGUCCCACAACGAACCAACACCCAAAAAGUAGUUGUCGGGGCAACCAGCACUCGACACCGGAAAAGGAGAAAGGAAAAAGGGGUCAAGGAGGCAGGACUCACCGAACCUUACACGCAACAGCGUCUGUAGGAUGAGCAAUGCGGGAAUCGACGGCGGAGGAGGAGGAGGCGGCGGCGGAGGAUCUGGAUCGAUAUCCGGAACAGGAUCAACAGCAGUGCCGCCCACAACGCCACCACCCACUGGCCAUGGAUCCACUCGCCGCCUGAGCCACUUGUCCGGUGGAAGCCGUUCGGGAGGAGCCGCCGCCAUGGGCAAUGUGGUGGGCUGGCUGAAGCAGGCCUCCAUUGAAGUGCGAGACGCCGGCACAAGAACAUUGUCGAUGCUGCAGAGCAGCAAUCCUAAUUUUCGAUCUCUGGAUUUAUCUCUUGGUACGCCCACGCCCACCACGCCCACUUCCAGCGAGGUUCCAGUUGCUCCGGCCAGUGCCACCGCCUCGUUGAGUGGCUCCACAUUGCAAUUCGGACCGGAGGAUCCCGAGGAAGGAUCCGUCGCCGGGGAAAGUCAGUCGCUGACGCCGCUGGAUGCCAGGGAACUCCUCACGAGACCCACGCGCGCCUACGCCUCAGUCAGUCAGCCACAGAGUCCCCGACAUCGAGGUUCGGGUUCCGGUUCGGGUUCUCGGAUCAUCACACACGGCCUGACCGGGCGAUCCACAUCGAUAUCCUCGCAGCUGGAGAAGACCAAGAAGCUGCUCAAGAUGACCGAGGGCGAGGACAAGCCACUGACCAUUUUGCACUACAACGAUGUCUACAACAUUGAGUCCAUGGCGGAAACGGAGCCCGUCGGAGGAGCAGCUCGGUUCGCCACGGCCAUCAAGAGCUUCGCACAUCUGAAUCCUCUGGUUCUCUUCAGUGGAGAUGCCUUUUCACCCAGCAUGUUAAGCACCUUCACCCAAGGCGAACAAAUGAUUCCUGUGCUUAACAAAGUGGGAACACACUGUGCUGUUUUUGGCAACCAUGAUUUUGAUCACGGCCUUGAUGUCCUCGUGAAGCUGAUCAAACAAACGGAAUUCCCCUGGCUCAUGUCAAAUGUGGUGGACAACGAAACCGGUCGUCCUUUGGGCGGUGGCAAGAUAUCGCACUUCAUACUGCACAACCAGAUCUCCAUUGGAUUGAUCGGUCUGGUGGAGCGGGAGUGGUUGGAGACCCUGCCCACCAUUGACCCCAACGAGGUGACCUACAUCGACUACGUGGAGGCGGGCAACAAGUUGGCCCGCGAGCUGCGAAACGAGGGCUGUGACCUCAUCAUCGCCCUCACCCACAUGCGAACCCCCAACGAUAUUAAUCUCGCCGAGAAAUGCAAUGGAAUCGAUAUUAUCCUCGGCGGCCACGACCACGUCCGCGAGGUGACCGAGAUCAACGGAAAGAUGAUCGUCAAGUCGGGCACGGACUUCCAGCAGUUCUCGGUGAUCACCAUCGAGCGAGAUGCCGCCAAUCGGGAACACUUCACCACGGACGUCAAGUGCUUCGAUGUGACGGCCAAGAUUCCGGAGGAUCCGGAGCUCAAGCAGGAGCUCUCCAAGUAUGCCAAGUUCAUCGAGAGCAAGCUGUCGGAUGUGAUGGGCGUGUUCAGCGUGGAGCUCGAUGGCCGGUUCUCCAGAGUGCGAACCCAGGAGACGAAUCUGGGCAAUUGGGUGUGCGACGUGGUGCUGGCCGCCGUGGGAGCCGAUGUGGUUAUUCUAAAUGGCGGCACCUUCCGCUCGGAUCGAGUGCAUCCGGUGGGAGCCUUUACCAUGGGCGAUCUGGUUAACGUCAUCCCCAUGCGGGAUCCACUUAUCCUGCUCGAGGUCAAGGGCAAGGUGCUGUGGCAGGCACUGGAGAACGGAGUUUCUGCCUAUCCAAAACUGGAGGGAAGAUUUCCCCAAGUGGCGGGCAUUAGUUUCGCCUUCAAUCCGCAGGCGGAACCCGGCAAGCGAAUUGAUCCGCAGCUUAUCCAGGUGGGCGAUGAGUACCUCAAUCUGGAGCAAACCUACAAGCUGUGCGUCAAGAGCUACAUCUUCAUGGGCUGCGAUGGCUAUACAAUGUUCAAGGAUGCCACUGUGCUGAUGGAUGACGAUGCCUGUCCCGAGUUGGGAAUUACACUGCAGAACCACUUCAAGGCCAUCAAUUCCCGAAAGUGUGGCCAGAACACAAAGCACCGGCAGUCACUGGUCACUCUUUCCCGGAGACACAGCCUGGUGCAGUGCCUGGAUAGCAUGGAUCUGGAUGGACCAUCACCCAUCCGAAAACUAUCCGUGGGUCAUCACAACAAGUCAAUGGAUCUGACACACGGCAAUUCCCAGAAGAUGCUGCGGCGAGCUUCUUUGGAUGACCUGGAACAAUCCACCUGCGAUUUGGCGCCACAACUGGAGCACCGCAUCAUUAUGAUACAAAACGAAGAGCAUUAUCGACAACUUCUGUUCAAAAAGGAGACGCACAUCAUGAACUCUACAAUCACCGAGGCGGAGGACGAUUGCAAGAAAAUUAGACAACUUGAUUUAAGGGCAGGUUCCGAAUUGGAGAGAAACAUUUGAAUAGGAAUAAGGCAAGGCAAAAAGAAGAUAUACGCGUUAGCUAGUUAGUUAGUUUGGCAGAUCUGUGGGAUCGUGCUUUAUAUUAUAUAUUAUUAACGUUUACUGUUACCGCCACUCUGUUUUUUUCGGCUAAGUUUCGUUAUGAACGUUUGUAAGACUUCCCCAGAGAUGUAUUAACUCGAUAUUGAUAUUGUAUAUGAUGUAUGUGUAUGUAGUGAGUACGUGUACCUUAAAAAAAACAAAGCUUACCACUAGUUUAAUUUACUUUUAAUUAGAUAAACUGAUUUACACAACCAACUGAUUAUUAUAUAUUGUAAUUACUGAGCAGCCCUUAUGUUUUGUGAUCUAGAUAAAAGAGUUUGAGCCGAGCUUUGAGACACCCUAGAUAUUCCGAAAUAGUUGUUUUCAAAAUUCCGAGUCCACAAACACAAUCAAAAACUAUAGGUUGUAUGCAACAAAAAACAAAAAAACAAAAAAAGACACUGGACGACGACGAGAAGCACCAGCAAAAACUCAAGAGGCAUGCAGAUGUAAAGUGAAUGUAAAGCAAUAUUUUAGACAAUGCACCUAAAUUUUGAAUCUCGAAAUGGGAUAUGUAUAUUUUUAUGGACACUUUUGGAGCGCUUGAACACAGCAGAGCAUAUUAUUUUUUAGAGAUCGCGAACACAGCAGUCGUGCAACACUCAUGGAUAAAUGCUUUAAUCUUAAAUAGUUCCUUGAACUUGCACACCACCAGCAACACGAGAAGCAACGUAAGCCGGAGUGUAUUUUCUGUCCAUAGGAAGCAAUCUGAUUGCGAAAAACUGACGACCAACCGGAAAUCAGAAUAGAAGCGAACACAAUGGCAGCAGCUACCCACUCAAUUACACAAAGUUAAACAAUAAGUAGAGGAAGCCACUUACAUGUACUCCAUGCUUAACUGAUUGUCCAGUUUAGAACGUACAGUUAACUAAAGCGAACAAUAUACAGGCCCAAAAUGCACCUGAUUAUUAAAAUUAUAAAGGACCCAUAUAGAUAUAUAUAUAGAUAUCGUACAUCUUUCGACCUCCUUCCACGCCCACCGGCGGGCCAAACCUUCAACACUUUUAAACUAUUUUGCAACGGGCCAAUUAGCCCGCGAAAGAACGCAUUUUGUGUAUACUGAACGAAGUACAUUGAUUUAUGUAAACAUUUAUUAAAUACAUAAACUAUAUGUAA